AUGAAGUUUUGCCUUUGUGUGGCUUCUUCCUCCACCUUCCCAGCCUUCCCUGUGGGGGAGCAGAAGUGCUCAAAGCAGCUGAACCAAUGGGAGACAGACAAUUCAGUCAACAGAACUUACUCAGACCAGAAGGAAGGAUACCUGCAAAAUGAACAUUUGGAAAACGUCAAGACAUCUGCCUUAAUCCCCGACAUGGAGCUCAACGAGGAAUGGCAGGAUGAGGAGUUUCCCAGGCCCCUUCCUGAGGACACACAGAGUCCUGAUGAUGAACAGGAAAGCCCUGGAGCGGAGGGAAACAGGCCUGUCCCACCGACCAGCCUGGCCCUGACCGGUGAUACUGUGAGGAAGAAGCGACUAGUGGCCCCAGCGCUUAGUUUAACACUGGACAAAACCUCUAUGGACCGGAGCUUGAAAUCAGAUGAGUUUGACGCUUCCGCCCUUUCACCAUCUGCUGAGGAUGACGAGAUGGACAUUAACCUGGAGGCCUUAGAGACCCCCUCAGACAGCGAGUCUUGCAACUUCCCAGACAGUAUGCACGACUUGGAGUGGGAAGAUGAUCUUCCUAGGAUGGGUAAAGCAGCGAUCAGAAAAGCCAGUUUACUAGAGCACGCAGAGAUGGGACACUUGGACUUGGAUCAGGUGGACAGCAAUGGGAGGCGAUGGAGACGAUUCCAUAUUGGCGGCCAAGACUACCAAGUCAACAUGAGCGUUCUGGAGCCGUAUCUCCAAGUUCUUUCCCAUGGAGGGUAUUAUGGGGACGGAUCGACAGCCAUCAUCAUCUUUACUGCCUGCUACCUACCAGAAAAUACAACACAACAUUAUGAGUAUGUGAUGGACAAUCUGUUCAGGUACAUUAUUGGCACGUUGGACUUGAUGGUGUCUGAGAAUUACAUAUUGGUGUGUCUGUGUGGAAUGGCCCCUCGCAAUAAGAUGCCCGGCAUGAAGUGGCUCCGACAGUGUUACAUGUCCAUUGACAGAAGGUUAAGGAAAGACUUGAAAGGGCUUUUCGUGGUUCACCCGGCCUGGUACGUGAGAGCGGUAAUCACCGUCAUCAAACCAUUCAUCAGUGAGAAGUUUAGCAGGAAGAUGCGCUUCAUCCACAGCUUGCAGGAACUGGCAGAGUUUGUUCCUGUGGACCAGUUGCAAAUCCCAGACUGCAUCAGAGAGUGAGUGUCCACAUCACACCACAUUAGU